AUGCCAGGAGAAACUAUAACUAUCCAAGUUGGACAAUGUGGAAAUCAAGUAGGAUUAGAAUAUUGGAAUCAGUUAGCCAGUGAACAUGGGAUCAAUCCCGAUGGAACUGCAAUUUCAUAUACGGACGCCAUUGAAAAUGAAUAUGAAUUCCAACCAAUAAAUGGAAACACAUUACAUCCUCAACAAUCACAUCAUCUUUCAAAUUCCCAACAACAACAACUGGAUCGAAAAGAUCAACCGAAUUUAUUCUUUUCUUUGUCGGAUUCAAAUACAUAUACCCCUCGUGCCAUAUUAGUUGAUUUAGAUUUCCCGGUAGUUAAGAAAUGUACCAAUUCAUUGCCGAUGUUUAACCCUAGAAACAUUCAUUACAGUAAUACCCCGGCGGGGAAUAUAUGGCAAAGAGGGUAUCGAUAUGGGACUCGACAUGAAAGUGAGUUAUUGGAUUUAAUUGAUCGUGAGGUUGAUAAAUGUGAUAAUCUUGCUAAUUUUCAAUUGAUUCAUAGUGUAGCUGGUGGUACUGGAUCUGGUGUAGGAUCCAAACUUUUAGAAUUAUUAAGUGAUCGAUAUGGUAAUAAAAAAGUGCUUAGUACUUUCCUGGUUUUCCCAUUAAAUGAGAAAUCAUCAGAUGUGGUGGUUCAACCAUAUAACACCGUUUUGACAUUAAGAAGCUUGAUAGAAUAUAGUCAUGCUACUUUUGUGUUUGAUAAUGACGCAUUGAGUAGUAUUGAUAAUAUUUCCUAUGACUAUAGUAAACGUGGAUUUGAAUCAAUCAAUAAGUUAAUUGCAUAUGCAACUGCAUCAAUAUCAAAUCCAAUGAGAUUCCCUAGGUAUAUGUAUACAUCAUUUGAUUCAAUUAUUCCAGCACUAAUACCUGUCCCCGAUUUGAAGUUCUUGACUACAUCAAUUGUUCCAAUGAGUCAACAGAAACAUUCCUCCUUGAAUGAAUAUGAUAUGAUAUUGGAACUAUCCAAUGAUAAAUACAAGUCAAACCGAGUUCCUGCCGAUGUGCAUUAUUUAUCGACAUUAAAUUAUUUGAUUGGAGAUGAUUUAAAUCGACAAGAGAUACAAAAGGGAAUAGCAAAAGCACAACAAAGGACGCCAUUUGUACCUUGGAUGACUCGAUCAGUUCAUGUGAUUGAAUGUAAGCAAUCUCCAUUUAUAAAGAGAAGUGGUGGCACCAAUAGUAGGAAUUUAGGAGGGAUUCAAGUAUCAAAUAACACUUCAAUUAGUGAUGUCUUUACUAAAUUGUUGGAUCAAUAUGAUAGAUUCUUUAGACGUAAAGCUUACGUGAAUAAAUAUGUGGAAAACAAUUCUGCUGAAGAACAGUCAAGAAUAAUUGAUAUGUUCAAUGAAGGUAGAGAGGCUGUUGCUGAUGUUGUCCAAGAAUAUGAUGCAUGCAAACGACCUCUGUAUUUGGACAAUUCUGGAGAGGAAGAGGAUCAAUCGAUGUAUUAG